UGUUCGCCUUCAGCUGCAGCUGCGGGCGGCGCGGCGAGAGGCAGCAUUUUGGGAUUUCUGAAGCCUCGCACAAGCAAGACGACAAGCAUGAUGGUCGAACAGCCCAUGUGCAGCGAGAAGUACUCGAUGGCGUACCUCCUCCAAGACGUCUCGCCGCACACGACGUCGGUCUGGGAGUAUGUGCUGCAGCAUGGCGCGUUCCCGCCCGAGCUCUUUAGCCGCCAAGACGACGCGUCGCCGACCGACGACGAGUCGGACGACCACCAUAGUAUCAAGAAGGCGUGCUCGUCCGACUACUCGAGCCUCGACGGCGUCCGCACCGGCCGCUGGUCCAAGGAAGAGGAAGAGUACGCGAACGCGAUGAUCGAAGCGUUCAAGACCGGCGUCUUGCCGCUCCCGGGCACCAUGAGCAUGCGCAAGUUCGUCUCGGAGCUCCUCCGGUGCCACCCGAUGCGCGUGAGCAAGAAGUUUGUCGGCUACGUGCGAAAGUACCACUGGUACACAACGCACCUCGCCGAGUCGACGGACGGCGUCGCGCCCCACAUCGUGCUCGCCAUGUACGCGCAAUUGAGCCGCCUCGAGCAAGCCUUCUGGUCCUCGGAGCCGCUCCACGCGUCGUGAGCACGCGUUCUGUCCAUUAUUAAGUUAUCAAAAGAAUGCAUUCUAUUUCGCUGUACA